AUGACCUUUACACACUUUGAAAACUCAAAGGCUUUGUCACACCUGAAAGAGCCCAGCCAUGGGUCUGCAGGCACCACCCCUCCCUGCCCACAUGACUGUCGGCUUCGCAGGAAUCUUCCUACCUCAGCGACCAUGGAUAUCAUGAUAACACAUUUUGAACCUUCCAUCUCCUUCGAGGGCCUCUGCAGUGAGGUUCGAGACAUGUGUUCUUUUGACAAUGAACAACUUUUCACCAUGAAAUGGAUAGAUGAGGAAGGAGACCCAUGUACAGUAUCCUCUCAGUUGGAGUUAGAAGAGGCCUUUAGGCUUUACGAGCUAAAUAAGGAUUCUGAACUCUUGAUUCAUGUAUUCCCUUGUGUGCCAGAACGCCCAGGAAUGCCCUGUCCAGGAGAAGAUAAAUCCAUCUAUCGCCGAGGUGCACGUCGCUGGAGAAAGCUUUAUUGUGCAAACGGCCACACUUUUCAAGCCAAGCGAUUCAACAGGCGAGCUCACUGUGCCAUCUGCACGGACCGAAUAUGGGGACUCGGACGCCAGGGAUAUAAGUGCAUCAACUGCAAACUCCUGGUUCAUAAGAAAUGCCAUAAACUUGUCACAAUUGAAUGUGGGCGGCAUUCUUUGCCACCGGAACCCAUGGUGCCCAUGGAUCAGUCCUCCUUGCAUUCAGACCAUGCACAGACAGUAAUUCCGUAUAAUCCUUCAAGUCACGAGAGCUUAGACCAAGUUGGUGAAGAAAAGGAGGCAAUGAACACUAGGGAAAGUGGCAAAGCUUCAUCCAGUUUAGGUCUUCAGGAUUUUGAUUUGCUCCGGGUAAUAGGAAGAGGAAGCUAUGCCAAAGUACUGUUGGUUCGAUUAAAAAAGACAGAUCGCAUUUAUGCAAUGAAAGUUGUGAAGAAAGAGCUUGUCAAUGAUGAUGAGGAUAUUGAUUGGGUACAGACAGAGAAGCAUGUAUUUGAGCAAGCCUCCAAUCAUCCUUUUCUGGUCGGACUGCAUUCUUGCUUUCAGACAGAAAGCAGGUUGUUCUUUGUUAUAGAGUAUGUAAAUGGAGGAGAUCUAAUGUUUCAUAUGCAACGACAAAGAAAACUUCCUGAAGAACAUGCUAGGUUUUACUCUGCAGAAAUCAGCCUAGCAUUAAAUUAUCUUCAUGAGCGAGGAAUAAUUUAUAGAGACUUAAAACUGGACAAUGUAUUGCUGGACUCCGAAGGGCACAUCAAGCUCACUGACUAUGGCAUGUGUAAGGAAGGAUUACGGCCAGGAGAUACAACCAGCACUUUCUGCGGUACUCCUAAUUACAUUGCUCCUGAAAUUUUAAGAGGCGAAGAUUAUGGUUUCAGUGUUGACUGGUGGGCUCUUGGAGUACUCAUGUUUGAAAUGAUGGCCGGAAGGUCUCCGUUUGAUAUUGUUGGGAGCUCUGAUAACCCUGAUCAGAACACAGAGGAUUAUCUUUUCCAAGUUAUUUUGGAAAAACAAAUUCGCAUACCACGUUCUCUCUCUGUAAAAGCUGCCAGUGUCCUGAAAAGUUUUCUCAACAAGGACCCAAAGGAACGAUUGGGUUGUCACCCUCAAACAGGAUUUGCUGAUAUUCAGGGACACCCAUUCUUUCGAAAUGUUGAUUGGGAUAUGAUGGAGCAGAAGCAGGUGGUACCUCCCUUUAAGCCAAAUAUUUCUGGGGAAUUUGGUUUGGAUAACUUUGAUUCUCAGUUUACUAAUGAACCUGUUCAGCUCACUCCAGACGACGAUGACAUUGUGAGGAAGAUUGAUCAGUCUGAAUUUGAAGGUUUUGAGUAUAUCAAUCCUCUUCUGAUGUCUGCAGAAGAAUGUGUCUGAUCCUCAUUUUCCAACGAUGUGUUCUGCUCAUGUUGCCACUUAAUGCAUGGAUAAGCUUGUUACCAGCCUGGAUACAAUUAGUCGUUUUUAUUUGCCACCCAUCAAAAAGGAAAGCCCCACUCAGUCUCUUAUUGUAGACUAUGAGAGUCGCUAUUACAUCUGUUUAACUGUGAAAAAGAAAUUAAAACUAGCUUCCAGACAAUCAUAUCAAAAUCUAGUUACACUGGUUUUUCAUUUUUUAAAGGCCUACUAAUGAAGUUAUCUUUUUGUUUUAAAAAAAGACCACUGCUUUUAAAAGAAAGUAUCUGUUGCAUUAAGGCACAUAGUGGGAUCAUGACAUAAGCCCAUAAUUUUUGUCAUUCUGUGUUGUCAUUUGAAGGUUUAAUUUUGAAAUAAAAGAUUAAUUCAAAAUUCAACUUUUUAUAUUACCUAUUAGUUUUGGAGUUCUUUCUGUUUAAAAGUUCAACCGUUAAGUCUUAUCAUUGCCUCGGACAAAUAAAUUAAUUGAUUUUUAAGGCAACCAUUGUUAAAUUGAUGAUAAAAGAUGUUGCUUGCUUAGAUUUGGGGAAUACAGAUUCUUCUUUACUAGAAAGUACACGCAUUUUAUUAAGAAUCAGAAUCCAAAUCAUUAGCUAUUUUUGCAAAACUGGCUUAUGUGAUUUUUUUUGCUACAUUAAGGGAGUAGUUUCUGAGCUUUUCCCUUUACUGAAAACUGUUACUGGGAUGUUAAUAUAUACAGUGCAGAAGACACAGGAUGCAGCUGAAUAGAAAAUCACUCAGUAUAUAAAAAGGAAAAUCAGAAAUUUAAAAUGGAUACAGAAGAGUACAAUGGUAAUAUUUUUUAUUUCUUAUUGGAGAGUGAAUUCCACAGUUGAUUUUUUUUUUUCACUUGCUUUAAAUAAUGAAACACUUGUUAUUACCAAACUUGUAAAAGCAUUCCAUGUAUUCAUUGGAGGCAGAAUGUAUAUUUUUUCCUUAUAAUGUAGUAUACAGGAAAAUAACUUACUUUCUAAGUAGAGUGUCUUAAUUAUUGUCAUUUCUUCCCCCAAAAUGUUACUUGUGUGUUUGGACUCCAUUUAUGGAGUCUGCGAUCUGAGAAAAAUUAUAAAGUAAACAUGAAUAAUUGUUCAGGACACAUAUAUCACAGUUCCAGCUCCUUGCAUGGAUUUUUAUUAAGUAGGUAACACAGGUAAUACAUAGUAGAAUACAUUUCAGGGGCAGAGUUAUUCAGAUUAUUUUUUAUUAAUAUUUUUAGCAAUUUAUUAUUUAAAGGGGUGCCAGAUACAGCAUCCUUUUGUUGUUUUAAAAGUUUUUUUUAAGAAAAGGGACCUAAAAAGUAACCAUGAGCAUCUAAAUUACUUACACGUCUUCAAUCUUAGCAAAAUUUAAUUUUAGAGAAAUUAUGUACUAUUAAAUUUAGGAGUAUUUAAAAUUUGUAGACCUUUAAUAGUCUUUUUUUUUUCCUUUUGGAUGCUACAUUUCAUUAAAUUUAAUUUUUCCCAAGUUUCUGGCCAUAAACUCUUUCCUUCAAAUAACUUGUCUGAAAGCAAUGAAAACCUCGAAGGAAAAUGUUUAUGUACAUCCACAUGUUUGUUUAAGAGGUAUAUAUGUUCUCUAAACCUGAAAUUUGUUUUAAAACAGAAAGUAGUGCUCACUUCAAAUCAUAAACUUGUGUUUAAGUGGUGCUGUUUUCCUUAGGGCAUUAAUUCUCAAAUUUUAGAAUGUGGAGUAAUCACGAUUCUAGGAGGUUUGUUUAAAAUGCACAUUACUUGGCCCACCUCAAAAUUCUGUUGGGCCUUUGGCCCCCAUUUUGAGAAACACUUUCUUCACGUUACUCUUUGCUUUUGUCCGGCAGUUAAAUAUUAGACAGACCAUCCUUCACCCCUGGGUUUAAGAUCAGAAUCCAUGAUGAAACACUUUGAGAAAGCGUAGGCAGUGAGCUGUGACUCACAAUUUCAAACAGAUUUUGAAUGAAUGAAGAUAUUUAAGUUAAAUAUCUUCCCGGCCCCCCUAUAGAAUUUCUCGACAGUUUCUACCAGUAAUAUACAAAAAGAUGAGCAUUUUUCUAUGAUGAGGUUUUAACCAUUAUUCAGGGUGGUGUUUGGGUUCUAGACCUUUUUUCAACUCAUAAGAUUUCUGUAUAUAUUUUACUCAGAAAUACAUUAUAAAUAUGUUUUUAAUUGUGUUUUCUUUUUUGUAGCCUUUAAAAGUGCCAUGCCAAUUGUUUUUAUAUUAUAUAGAGGUUCUCUCAAAAUACUCACCAGGGGACUAGGCAGUGGACAGUCAGAAUGGUUGGAAUUUUAGUGUUCUGAGAAAAAUUUUAUUUUGCGUAAGCACGUGGUCAGAUCAUUUUAUGCAUAUGCAACCCACAUUGGACACCAGGUAUUAUGCUUGUUCGGUACCAGCUCAUGUACUUUAUAAAUUCGUCUUGCUUUUUGUCAUAUAGAAUACUGCCUUGAUCAUUGUAAUGUAGUCUAUAUUUGUGUACCUUUUUUUUUACUUUAAAUUUUUUUAAAUAAAAUGUUUACUGCCCAUCAA